AUGGCAAAAGGAAAGAAAAAAGUUGAGAAGUCGACACCUGAGGGGUCUGUCUCUAAAUCGGCUAGUUGUUCCGCUACUAGUGUUGUGUCAGAGCCACCGCUAGAACAAGCAGCACCCGAAGAAGAGGAUUCGGGUCAGAUCACGAACGUCAGUUCAGCCUCCUUGUCUUCCCAACCACCACUCCAUGAAAACCCAGCCUCAAGUUGUGAUGAGUUCUACGACAUACCUGUUCUCUCUAGCAUCAUUGUCGAAAAGUACGAGGGUGAGAAGAAUGGAGAGGUUUUUCACGGGGACGGUGUCGCGUAUUUUCAAGGAGGUCACGUGUACAAGGGUAUGUUUUCAGAGGGAUUCAUGCAUGGAUAUGGCACGUACACAUGGGCAGAUGGGGUGAAAUAUGAGGGAGAAUUUGUUUUUAAUAUACCAUUGGGACAUGGAACGUACACCUGGGUCGACGGGAGCUGCUAUGAAGGCGAGGUGUACAAUGGAAUUCGCCACGGCGUGGGAACGUACAUAUGUGCCACAAAAGCAGUCUCUUACAGAGGCGAGUGGAAUCUCGGCAAAAGACACGGAAAGGGCACAAUAUACUAUAACCCUGAACUGACAUCAUGGUAUGAAGGAGACUGGGUGAGCAAUAUCAGAGAAGGAUGGGGAGUGAGAGGUUACCCCUCUGGUAAUGUGUAUGAAGGCCAAUGGAAGAACAAUGCCAGGCACGGAGAGGGCAGCAUGAAAUGGACAGAGCUUGGUCAGCAAUAUAGUGGCCAGUGGGAAAAUGGGCUUCAGCAUGGACAGGGGACACACACCUGGUUCCUGAAGCGAAUCCCAGGCUCGCAGUACCCUCUGAGGAAUGAAUACAUCGGGGAUUUUGUGAAGAGUUUGCGCCACGGAAGGGGAAAGUUCUACUAUGCCAGUGGGGCGCUCUAUGAUGGAGAAUGGCAGUGCAACAAAAAACAUGGCCAGGGGAAGUUUACCUUUAAAAAUGGGCGCAUAUUUGAGGGGGAGUUUGUUGAUGAUCACAUGGCAGAAUUCCCUGAUUUCUCAAUGGAUGGCAUCCAGACCCCUGACCUCAGUGGGAUCCGAACUGAAACUCCUCCAUGUGGAAAAGGUGACCCCCGAGGUGCCAAAAGUUUAGGCUGUGGCUCAUCAUUGCUGGGGCCUGACAUAACUUUAGAAAUCCAGUCCUUGCUUGAGAGACUUCCUGAGGAGCUGAAAGAUCUUGAACUUAGACAGGUGGAGUUUGCAGUGCUGAGGCACAUCGCAGAGCUGAGGGCAGUCUACAGCUUCUACAGCAGCCUGGGUCAUCAGCAGUCCCCAGACAACACCUUCCUCCUCACCCGCAUGCAGUUCUGGCGCCUGCUGAAAGACUGCAAUAUCCAUCACCACAAGAUCACUCUGGCCCAAAUGGACAGACUCAUCAGUGAAGAUGUUCCUCCAGAAGAGGUCCACUCUCCAUUCGGUACUAUGCUGCUUAGAGAGUUUGUUAGCUGUGUUGUGGUCCUUGCCUAUCACAUCUACCACGGGGAGAUUGAGUCAUCUAAUAAUGUGCUUGUGGCCUGCUUCACCAAACUAAUGAGAGAGAACAUCAUUCCAAAUGCAAAACAUGUAAAAGGGGCUUUCCUCUGCAACCCCUUGUGUGCCAUAAUUUCUGCGAACUACACUGAGAAAUGCUGGGAGAUAUACCAGAGCCUCUGCAGCGGCCUGAAGGACAGAACCAUGACCAUGAGGCAUUUCAUUUGGAUGCUAAAGGAUCUUGGUCUCUAUGAUGAUGAGCUGACAACAAGGAAAGUUCUGGAGAUCCUUUCUGCAGAAAAUCCUGCUCCUUAUGAUGUGUCCAACACUAACCUGGAUCUGGAGAUGACAUUCCUGGAGUUCUUUGAGGCUUUGCUAGGCUGUGCAAAGGUGAAGAGGUGCCACUCGGUCAGGUCCGACUGCCAGAGGCUGUCAGAGGUCUGUAGGCCUGUGGAGAGUGUUAGGACACCACUGGGAGAGGAGGUCAGAGACAGUCCGGUACUGGCUAUACAACGCACCUCUCCUCUGAUGGCAAAGUCUGUGGAGAUGUUGCAGUUGUCCACAUCUGAAGAGAAGACACUAAGACAGAAGUCAGCUGUUAAACUCAAAACUCAAGAAGAGCCCGCUGGAGACGGAGGAGAGGAGGCGGAGAGUGAGGCGGAGCGUGGGAUCCGCACGUUUCAGUGGUUCUUCAGCGAGGCCCUGUUCCCAGCGUAUGAGCACAGCCUGCUGCUGCAGAGGGAGGUGCAGGAGGACCGGCUCAGGAGAGCUGCACAGGCCAGGAUCGCCCUGAGCAAGGCCCAGAGGGCGGCCAGACUGAGAGAGACGUCUGAGGCAGAGGAGGAGCGGCGGAGGGAGGAAGAGGCAGAAAAGGCUGACCGCCAGGAGGGCAACCCCACCCCCGUGACCUCCGUCACCUCCAUCCCUGAAUCUAAGUCCCGUGCUGCCAGUGGGAUAAAGAAGAGGAGGUAGAGUUGCAUACUGUACCAUAACCCCUGGUCUGUUUUGUUAUAUCU